UUCAGCUUCAACAUCUGACUCUUCAACAUGGAGGGAGAAAUUAACAUUGGCGGUAAAUCCUAUGACCAGAGUAUGGCUCCUGACUACCUGAACAAGACUGACCCGGGAAACAUCAUAACAAACAACGAGGAGCUGAGAAUCGUCCUCGUGGGAAAGACCGGCACUGGCAAGAGCACAACUGGAAACACCAUUCUGGGGAAAAAGGUUUUUGAAUCAAAGAUCAGCGCCGAGUCGAUGACCGUGGACUGCUCUAAGGGCAGAGGGACGGUGGAUGGACAGAAAGUAGCUGUCAUUGAUACUCCAGGUUUGUUUGACACCAGAUUCGUCCUGAAAAAGACGGCCAAAGAAAUGGGCAAAUCCAUCAUUUUCGCUGCUCCUGGACCCCACGUGUUUGCUGUGGUCAUCAGGCUGGGCAGAUUCACAAAAGAGGAGAAGGAGGCGGUGCAAAGGAUUCAACAAAUCUUCGGUCAGGCAGCUGACAAAUACAGCAUGGUUAUCUUCACUGGUGGAGACGAUUUGGAGAUGGAAGAGACCACGAUUGAGGGGUUUCUGGAAGGAAGUCAAGACCUGCAGGAGCUGGUGAAACGAUGUCACGGUCAGUACCACGUCAUCAAUAACAGAAACAAAACAGAUCGAUCCCAGGUCAGCCAGCUAAUCCUGAAAAUCAGAAACAUGGUGGCCAUGAACGGAGGAAGCCACUACACCAACAACAUGUUCCAGGAGGCCGAGAGGGCACUGGAAGCGGAGAAACAACGCAUCCUGAAGCAGAAACAAGAGCAAAUCCGCAGAGCUAAAGAAGAAAUGGAUAGGCAAAUACAGAAAAAAUAUGAAGAAGAGAUGAAGAGGUUCAAGGAGCAAAUCCAGGCCCAAAAAGAUAGGGAAAUGAGGGCGUUAGAGGAGGAGAGGAAGAGGGAGAGGGAGGCGAUGAAUGAGGAGAGGCGGAAGGAGAGAGAGAGGAGAGAAGAACAGAGUAAGAGAGAGAAGGAGGGAAUGAAGAGACAGAUAAGGGAAUUACAGCAGCAAAAGCAACAAGCUCUGGAGGAGGGGAGGAAGAGAAUUCAGGAGGAGUAUGAGGAGAAGGCCAGAGAGGCAGCAGAGACAGGCUGCUGCGGCUAGCUGUAGGCAGAAAAGUCACUGUCAUUGGUUCAGUCUUUACAGAUCUUUAUCUUUGCUUUGGUUUAGUUCCUGGAUAGAAGAAGGCAUUUCCAUUUGAAACUUUCUUGUUCUCACUUAACCAUUGAUAACAGCAGUCCAACGGCACUCCCUCACCUUCAGGGUGGAUGAGUCCUGACACUGGAUGGCAGUAGAUUAGAAAACAGCUAUAGCCACACUAGUAAACCCUACUGUGUUGUUUUCUUGCACUCAUAAAUAGCUAAUAAAGCUUC